CUCUUUUUUGAUUAAAAACACUGACCUGUUUUCAACUUCGGCGGGUUCACAAGUGUUUGUUUCCGUCUUUACUUUUACCUCUGACAUCUUUAAUACUUCUUCUACACAAGAUUAUUGGUGUACUUAUUAUGAUCUCUAAUGCCUAUUGUCAGUCUUCUCACAAUUAGUGUCGUCUUUCGAACUUGCUAGUUAGUCUGCCAUGCUUCUAUCCGGGGUCCUGAAAAGCUAACAGGAACGUCCAAAAUAUUGCCUGACAGAAAACAAAAAUUGCGAGCAUUAUUUAAUUCGUAACCGAACAUUUUAUAGCAUAGUACUUGGUUUCGUAACAUUAAACUUGUGAUAAAAUCUGCGUAAGAAACAAAAAUAGAAGUCAUUUUUUUAAACCAAAGCUUUUUUCAAAUGCAGCAGGCCGGUGUUGUGCCGAGUGUGUUGUAGCUCCUCUACCAGGCCCGCCCUCCGCAGUGCAAAGCGGUGUCAGAAACAAGCGCGACUUGCACAUCCCCUGUUACCACGGUGACACAAACACAACUCAACACUCGAACAGUCAUACACAAGUGCUGAAGUCGAAAACAACUGACUCAAACAGACGUCAUCAUGACAGCAGGGGCAGUGGCGGCGCCGCGCAUCAUUCCCAUCAUGCACCGGGACAGACUACGAGUAAAGCACCACAUUGACACGAGUACACGUGUGUGCAUUCAAUCAGACACUCGUGAAGCACAUGUCUUCUUCACGCUUGACGGCUCCAAGCCACUAGCCGAUCAAGGCGGGUCAGGAAGUGUCAGUCAGCGGUACCGUGAGCCACUCCAGCUGCCCGCUGGCCGCGUGUGCGUCAGAGCGAUGGCUGCCACCAGCGAUGGCCGAGAGAGCGCCAUCGUGACCAAAGUCUUCCUGGUCCAACUGGAUGAAGAGGAGGAGCCUUCGCAGCAGGCCGACGUCAUCGCAGCUUCACACUCGCCUCAAGGGUCGAAGACGGCGAGAAGCGCCUCUCCUCGAGCUGCUCCUCGUUUCCUCAAGAAUCGUGCGUCUCUGCCCAAUACCACUCAAAGUGCUUCUCCACACACCCAGUCUGAGAGCGCGGGUUUGCUGAAGCAGCUGAGCAGCACGCAAGCGGCGCGCGUGCAAAGAGAGACUGACUUCCUGAGGUGCGCACACUGUUUGACCUUUCGACCUUCAGACCUGUUUGCUAGUUUCUGUGCUCAGUGUGGCGCCGCGCUGCCUCGUCUGCCGCAACACAGGCUGCCCCCUGCUGAAGGAGGACAGCUGGUGUGUUGUGUGUUGUGUAACACUCAAGUUCCUGUCAACACGCAUGCUUGUUUGAUAUGCCACGCCUCCAUCAAGCAGCAGCUCCUCCCCCAGUCCAGCCUCCAACUGCAGGAUCAUGUUGUGUGUGUGUGUUGUGGACGAGGAAAUCCACCUGACAUGUCAAACUGUUUGGCUUGUGAAACCCGCCUACACACGACAGCGUUGGAGACAAACGGUGCCCCCCCAGUCCCAUCGCCACACCACAGGAAAGUGACCUGCUCCAAAUGCCAACGCCUGAACAGCUACGACGCACGUUACUGUGACUGGUGUGGCUGCAAGUGCACACACGCUCUCAGCAGUGUGUUGUGUCGUCGUUGUGGCGCGAGUGGACCCCCGCACGCCAUCUACUGCUCAGCCUGCGGCGCCUUCUUGGACGCUCCCCGGACUUGCUGUCAUGAUGUCAUACCACCUGCAGGGGGCGCUGACACUAACCAGGCUGCUCAAACCACGCCCUCCUCUUGGAAGUCUGGCCCGCCCACUAUGGAGCGGCACACACAGACUGUGGGACUACAUUACCCAUCAGCCACUGAGCUCCACAGAAAGCAGCAGCAGAAUGUCAGCAGAAAGCAAACCAUCAACCAACCACCACACACUGCCAUCAGCCCAGGAAGAGGAUAUUGGAGGAAGCAGCUGGAUCACGUGUGUGCUCACCUGAGGAGUUUUGCUCAGAACAACGCCCCCUUCAGGACUCUGCUGGGAGAGCCUCGCCUCGGCAGGAUGGUGUCUGCAGUGCUUGAAGAAGACGCUCAUGAGGUCAGUGUGACCAUCAGCUUCAUGGUGUCCUCGCAGGAAGGCAGCCAGGAAAUCAGACAGGAAGUCAGACGUAUCGGUUCUGAAGGUGAAACUUUGAGCAGCGUGACAGAGCGGACCCACCCCGGCCGCCGUGGAAGUGGAAGAAAAACAAACAUGAUGGUGAGGGACAGUCAGCUGCUGCAGGAAGUGGGUCCAGCACGUGGUCACGUAGACGUGAUCCAGCAGCUCUUAGAUCAGGCAGCGGACCCACGCUGUUGCGGGAGUGAUGGCCGACAUGCCCUGGCCCUAGCCACCGCCAACGGUCAUCACGAGGUUCUUCCUGUUUUGGUGCAGGCCGGCGCGGACGUGGACCAGCGAUCCGGACCGUUGAAGAACACGGCGUUGCACGAGGCUGCCGCGCUGGGUUCUGAAGGUCUGCGGUGUGCUGAGGUUCUGCUCAGCUGCAAGGCCGCCACCGGCUUGCGCAACAAAAAUGGCCACACGGCCUGCGACGUGGCCACCAGGACCGGCUGCGAACCCAUGAUAUCUCUGCUCGCUGGCACCGGACCGGAUGAGUGAUCCCAUGUCCUUGUAGAAAUCACC